GCUUCAAGCGCCGUAGGGGUAGGAUCAAAAUACCCCCGUUGAACGAGGAGAGGAAAAACCGCAUCCGCCUCUUCCUUGUUAAGAUGGACCUCGCGAAGAGGGCCGAGGACGCUGGGGUCGCAGUCAUUGUGUACAUAGAUGAGAGCUUUGUUCACCAGGCGCAUGGUUCCGCGUACUCGUACUUUCCUUCUGACGAUAAGGGGGUUGUGCAGGAUGGGAUAGGCCGUACAACGGGGAAAGGUUUGCGUAUGAUCAUGGUGCAUGCGAUCACGAAGCACGGGCCCUUGGCCGAGCUACAGGAGGGAUUUCCUAUCCGUGAGGGUUGGUUCAAGGCUAAGGAAAAUCGUGCGAAGAAGAUUAAGCCUGGCGAGGCGGAUUUCGAAAUGUCAGAUGAGCAGACAGCAGAAUUUCUGUGGCAGGCCAAGUUGGCAACCGGAGAUUAUCAUAACGCCAUGACGGAUGGGAUGUUCAUGCAGUGGUUGAAGCACCGACUUACCCCGGCCUUCGAUGCGCAGUUCAAGAACAAGAAGAUGUUUCUCGUUCUCGAUAACGCCUCAUACCACCACUGCUUUGACGAGGAGGUUAAGGUGCCCGAAACCAACAGUAAGAAGUACAACGUCGAACUCUUGCGCAAGUACGGUUGCACGUCGUUCAAGGUGACGCGUGAGUCGGAGGGUAAGGCUGCUGAGUACAACUUUGAGGUCCCGGCGCAGGGGUCGCUACCCAAUGCGAACCGCAAGAACGGCGUCAGCAAAGAAGAGAUAGCCUCCGUCACUCGGACGUACUUCAAAAAGAAUUUUCCACAAAAGCUCGAGGAAAAGGCUGAGACGUACAUGAGGGAGAAGGGGUGGGGGUUAAUUUGGACACCGCCGUACAUGCCGACUUUCCAGCCGAUCGAGCUGUUCUGGCAGCACGGCAAGCAUUACGUGAGCAUUCAUUUUGAGAAGGGGCGGAACAUGUUGGAUGUCUGGAAGCAAAUCCGUCUCGGUUGGUAUGGAGACCCGGAAUGGGACGGUCAGGAGGGGGGGUGGAAGGCAGCCAACUGUGAAAAGUUGGUGCAGCAUGCCAUUGGCAAGAUGGACGAGUGGUUCGGCCUGUAUGGUGGAAACCUGAGCGGUACGAUCGGUAGCCUUGAGUAUCCAGUGGCAGAGUACCAAGAGGCUACGGCCGAGGAUGAGAUAGAGGAUGGGGUGGAGGAGCAGACGGAUGAGUGGCUGGGUGAGGACGCGGAAGAUGCCAUUGAGGGCUGAAAAAAAAUGCCAAAAAAAAAAAAAAAUGCCAAAAACAGAUGCCCUUUUUUGGGCCAAUAUUUUUCGACUUUGAUUCCCGAACAGCGACACGAAGGGGCUGCACAGAAGGCGCCAUUCUGAGUGCAAGCUGACAUAUUGUUUGAUAUUUCGCAAUUGAGAUGGCUGUAUCAUCCUGUUCAAUCAAUAUAUGGAUUACUUGUGCAAGCCCUGGGGCCGCAUCGUUGGAACACCGCGCUUCAACAUUUUUGGAACUUCGCCGGGUGCGAUCACACACUAAUUUCGUAAUAUUACUCGAAGACAUGGUGAAAUUUUUUAAUUUUCUUUUUAGAAAGAGAGCUCUGUGCUUUGUCGUCAGUUUGCGCUAUAGUUUGUGAUAGGGGACUCCGUAUUGACGAAGUUACACAAUAUUCCAAUUUGGUCUUGACUACUAUGUUCCACCGUAAUAAUAGUCGUCCGCAAAUGACGCCGAGCUCAUGUCCAGGCGAACAUGUGGGAUGCAAAGGGCGUCAGAAUUUUAAAACAAUACUGCCUGUCACGUUUUUUGUUUAAGGAAAAGGGUUUGCUCUGGAAGGUUACAACAACACCAAAGACUUUGGACCAUGCCAAAGAAAAAAAAAUAAAGCCUCCGUCACUGUCGGUCACUUGCAGACUACGGAUUUCCCCGACAUGCUUCGGCAAAAAUCGGAUACAGUCAAGCUUGAGUUGGUCCAUGUGCGUGUACCGAAAGCAACAUCUGUGCCGUGAGUACACUCGGUUUGCGGCCCAUUGAAACUAUGGAGGAUUCAAACAACAAUGCAUCUCGUUUACACAGCCAAACUUCGACGGUAAAAAAGGGCGGGACAAACAAUGAGCGUCCGCUGGUGCGAGCCUACCUACGACGGGACCUACGAACGAAGGCACGUGAAGCUUAGAAGAGCAGAUUGCACAACUAGGUCCGUCGUAUGUAACUUAGCAGCAUUGAAAACAGAUUGUGUUAUUUGCCUAGCCGGAUUACAUGCCUGUAGGUAGCAUCCUUGCGACAGACCACACCAAGAGGCAAACAGCGUUCAUGAUGCGCCUACGAGUUACGUCAUUUCGUGCUGGGUAGUUCAAGGGUUCAGGAGCGCACGUCCACUUCGGCCCUCGCUUUGCUCAGCGUUUGCUAGGCGCCCUGCACUCCUUUUGCUGGUUCAGGACGAACAACUCCAAUAGGCAACCCCCACGUUUACAUAGGACGAGCUUGUCUACGUCUGGAUCGCCGCACAUCAAGGCGGGAAACUUGUCUGCCACGCCGGCUGCCUCCACGAAUGCCCUGUCAUUACCCCCGGUCCUUUCUCUCAUACAGCGAACGUCAACUCUUGCCGUCGGUUGCCGGUGUGCGCUGCAGCAUUCCUCCGACACCACCCUUGUAUUAUACAACUUGAUGGAACUUGCCGCCAAGUUUCGUGCCGAUCCGAGGUGUUGGUGUGGAGCACU